AUGAAUGCAGCCACCAUUGGACAUUUCGAAGUCUUAAUUUUAUUCUGUAAAGGUGUCGCGUCAUGUCAAUGGGAACGCAUGACUACCGUUUGCUUUGAGGGAGAAAUAGACGAUAGAGGGAUAUAUCGGGCAGGCACACAAUACUCUCUCACUACCCAGCUAACAAGCUACCGUAAGAGAAUAAGUAAUAGAAAAUUAAAAUUUCAGAUAAUUCUUGUUGACGAUGCGAGUGACAGGAGAUAUCUAAGUGAGGAAUUGGAUAACGCUGUAGCUAAUUUAGACAAAGUGCAAAUACUGAGGAAUUCAAACAGGAAUGGUUUAGUUGGAGCCAGGUUGAUGGGCGCCAGGGUUGCAACUGGAGAUGUGUUAGUCUUUUUGGACGCACAUUGUGAGGUUACCAAAGGAUGGCUCGAGCCCCUAUUGGAUAGAGCAGGUAAUGAUGACGUUUUCAUUUGUCCCCACAUAGAUCUAUUAUCAGAGGACACUUUAGCCUAUACCAAAAGUAUAGACGCCCACUGGGGUGCGUUCAGUUGGCGCUUACAUUUCCGUUGGCUCACUCCGAGUGGAGAUGUAAUGUUAAAGAAGAUUAGGAAUCCGUCAAAACCAUAUCCCACGCCGGCGAUGGCGGGAGGAUUGUUCGCAGUCAGAAAAAGUUUGUUCUGGAGAUUGGGUGGCUAUGAUUCUGGUAUGCUGAUAUGGGGCGCUGAGAACUUGGAGUUGUCGUGGAGGGCAUGGCAGUGCGGUGCAAGGGUCGAAAUAACGCCGUGCUCACGAGUCGGACAUAUAUUCAGGAGACAUAGUCCGUACAAAUACCCAGGGGGCGUCUCUAAAGUGUUGAACUCGAAUUUGGCUCGCGCUGCCACAGUGUGGAUGGACGAAUGGGCAGAUUUCUUCUUCAAAUUCAACCCGCCAAUUUCUGCUAUACGCGAUCAACAAAACGUUUACGACAGAGUGGAAUUACGUAAGAAUUUACACUGCAAAAGUUUCGAAUGGUAUUUAGAGAAUGUGUGGCCGCAACACUUUUUUCCGACAACCAAGAGAUGGUUUGGGCGAAUCAAGAAUGAAAAGGGAGCUUGUUUGGGUAUUACUGGAGGAACACCGGGGCUUGGAGCUCCGGCUUUGGGUCUACAAUGCGGUACUGACUUAGACCUUGAUAGACUACUUGUCUAUACUCCGGAAGGCAAGAUAAUGGCGGACGAGGGGCUGUGUUUGCAGCAAGGAAACGGCCGAGCCGUGUGGAAAAGUUGUAGUGACAAUAAAAAGCAAAUUUGGGUGCAAGAUGGUGCUAGAUUAAAAACUAUAAGUGGUUCUUGUCUUACGUUGCUAAUCUCCGAGAAAAAUAGUGAUGGUAUUGAUGAAGCACUAACGUCUAAGCGAUGCGUUGAAGACGAUAGUCAAAUAUGGCAUUUUGAACGUGUGCCUUGGCGCUGAUCAUGUGAUAUAGUACAAAUAGUUAACAGUACGGCCAUAAAAGCAGUAACUAAGUACAAGAUAUGUGAUAAUUUGGUACUUAAUACAUGCUUUAAAGACAUAUCAUUACAAGUUGCAGUAGCUUUUAAGCAUCUCCAGUAAUGUCACCUGUGAUUUCAUACAUAAUAUCGUAUAAAUAGAAAAAUAAUUACAUUGCACUUUAAACGAAGUAUUUAUAUUCAAAUGUGAUCAUCAUGCAAACAGGUUUCAUUUAAAUUCGAUAUUAUUAAUCGAAAUAAAAAGACAGCAAUAAUAGGUUUUAAGUAGAUU